AUGACCAGUUAUUUUGGCCCAGAAGAAGAUGCUCCAAUCGAUACAAUCAUUGGACACCUUACACCGGAAAAUGGUUAUAGCUAUCGACUGUCGCGCGGGAAUUCAAAAAUUAAGUUUGACGAGGAGACACUUGAGUUCUCCGUAUCCUCCGCACUCGACCGUGAAUCUGAAAAUGCGAUCGACAUGCUCAUUGUCUCAUCUCCUCCAUCCAUAAUCCACGUUCUCAUCGACAUCCUCGACAUCAACGAUAAUCCACCAAAGUUUCCACUCGAGAUCCAAAACGUCGAAAUUCCGGAAACCGCACCAAUCGGUUGGCGUGUGCCGAUUUCCGGCGCCACCGAUCCGGAUCAAGGAAAGAAUGGGUCGAUUGGAAAGUACGAGUUGGAUGAAAUUACUGUAGAUGGAGACACCCCGACGCCACCGUUGUUUCGAUUGCUUCAAUCCGAUGGUUUUGUUUAUUUGGAAGUGGUGGGAACGUUGGAUCGAGAGAUGAGGGAUUUUUAUUCAAUGCGAUUGACAGCAAGUGAUGAAGGGGUACCGGAGUUAAGCGCCUCAUGUCUCCUGAACAUUAGAAUUCUGGAUAUUAACGAUAACCCACCGGAUUUCGGAAUUAGACAAAUUCAUCUAAAAUGGAAUGGACAUAAAAACGCCAAACUUUUCCUUCUGAAUGCCACGGAUGCGGAUUCUGGAGACAAUGGAAUAUUAAAGUAUCGAAUUCAAGGAGGAGAAGAAAUUUUUGGUAUUCUAGAAGAGAAAGAUGGGCGAUUUUUGGUGACCAAGAAUUCUACAAAAUGUUCACCAAUUUGCGAAUUCGUCAUCGAAGCCAAAGAUUCGGGGAUUCCACCGCUGGCGACAACGCUAAAUGUGGUUGUUCAAAUGGAGUUGUUCAAAUGGAAUAUGGAAAUGAGCAUGAGCCAAAUAUUAAUAUACGCUACAAUAAACUACACUUUCAGAUUCUACCCGUCGGAUUUUCCCUUCAUCGUCGUUCAACCAGAAGACGUGAAUGGCAAAACGCUAGCUAUUCUUUCACUCACCGAUCCAGAUGGUCCGCUGGGUCCAAGCUCAAAAAUCUGGAUAGAUUCUGGAAACGAUCAAUCGAUAUUCUCUCUGAUCUCCCGCCAAUCAAUCAAUAUUCUAACGCUGAAAAAUGUGGAAUUGGCUGAAAAAGAGGAGUACACUCUGGAAUUCGCCGCUAACGAUGGACAGGGUCCGGAGGAGAAAAUUUGUCGAAGGAGCUUGAAAAUCUUCUUCAAAAAAUUUGUCAAAUCUACUGUAAUCCAAGUGGCCAGAGAGAUUCAUGUCGAGUUGGAGAGGGAUACUGUAGCUGGAAGUUUUGUUGCUCAUGUUGAGACGAAUUGCUCGGAAAUGUGCAGAUUUGAACUGCAACAGAGCUCGGAUGUUUUUAGAAUUGAUGGGAUGAAUGGAAUCAUCGUCACGUCUUCUGAACUCCCAUCGGACGUCUCUAGCUACCAUCUACCUAUCAGAAUCCAUCCUCCACCUCCUAGCACUCAGAUUUUGGAAACUGACGUCUUCGUGAAAAUUCUUCAAGCCUCUUCCGUUCCGAAAAAUCUCAUCAGAAGCACAGAUCCACCGGUACAUCUAAAAAGGGCUUAUACCUUUGACACGUGGCAAAAUGUGACAGUGGGUACUGUAGUUGGCAAACUGCCAAAAGCACAAAUCUACUCAACAAGGGACCUGGAAUCAGAGUUAGGUGUCUUUCCGGAUGGAUCGAUUUUUGUUGGAAAAUCGAUUUCUGGAGAUUUGGUUCGAUUGGAAGUAAUUUUGGAGAAUAGAAACACCACUCAAACCGCUGUUGUCACCGUCCUUCUCAAACCCCUCAAUCGUCAUUCUCCAGUUUGUGCAGACACAAAAGUUCGCGUUUUAGAAAGUGAAAAGCCAGGAAAUUUUAUUGGAAAAUUGCACGCAACGGAUGCAGAUCCAGGAAUCAAUGGAGUCGUUAGCUAUAGGAUUCUGGAAAAUUCUAGAAUCUUCCACGUGGAUUCAACGACAGGAAAAUUGAGGAUUCUGAAAAAUCUGGAUGCGGAGACGCAGAGAAACUAUACAAUUUUUUACGAAGCCAAAGAUUCUGGAUCUUCACAAAGAAUCACAAAUUGCUCAGCACAGAUUAUUGUAGAAGACGUCAACGACAAUGCUCCAAAAUUCACGUCUUCCUUUUAUUCGGCAAAAGUCUCGGGAAAAUCCAAUGAAACAGUUGCCAUAGUUCAUGCUGACGAUGAAGACGUGACUUCUGAAAAUCGACAAAUCCAAUAUCGUCUUCUGAAUCACCACGACGCUUUCCACGUGGAUUCGGAUUCUGGAAAAGUGACGACGAUUCAGAAUCUUCCCAAAUCCUUUGGAAGCCGUAUGAACGUCUCCAUAGAAGCCGUCAACGUGGAUUCUGAAAACUUUUUGAGUUCCAAAACUUUUCUUUUGGUUACUGUAGUGAAUGCUUCAAAACUGGAAGUUCAUCUGAAUUCUGAUGACGUCGUGAGGAUUCAUAAAAAUGAUAGGAUUGGAUCGAAAAUUGGAAAAUUGAAUGUGACGUCUUCAGAUUCAGUGUUCUGGAGGACAGACGACUCCAGAAUUCAUUUGGAUUCUUCUGGAAAUUUUAUCCUAGUUCAGAAUCUCAAACGAAAUUCUGUAAAGAAUUUAAACGUCGUUUUCACAUCUCAGAAUUUCGAGAAUUCUGAAAAUUCCCAAAAAAUUCUAAAUUUCAAAAUUGAAUUUUCAAAUUCAGACAGGAAUUCUGAGGUCCCGGAGAUUCUGGAAAUUUCAAUGAUUCCAACGUCAUCUGAAGUGUUGAACUUGGAAUCAGAAAAUUGGAAAAUCGCGAAAAUUAUUUUGGAGAAUCCAGAAGAGGAUUCAGAAGACGUCAAGAAUAUUUUUUCAGUCGAAAAUCAAAUUUUGAAGAUAUCCGAGAAUCGGACGGCUUCAGAUGCCUACGUGAUUCUGGAGACGAAUGAGGAGAGAUCCAACCCCCAAUUCAAAGUUCUCCACGUCACCACAAACUCUCAACCUUCUUCUUCCCCCACGACGUCAUCUGAAUGCACGUCAUCUGCUGCUCACCUCAUCACUCCUCCAGCUACAGUAUCCAUACCCCGUGGCUGUCAAAAUGUCUCCCUUCAAAAUCCCAAAACCCUUCAAAUCCACAAAGACACUCUUCUAAUCCCCACGCAGUCUGAAAUCAUCAGCCACGUGGACCUGGUCUCCACGUCUUCAAAGAAGCCGUUCAUGAUGACACUGAUCAAAGAUGAGCAAUCAGAAGACGUUCGAUUCGCCACGUCAUCUGUCCUAAUGCUCCUGUCUUCUGUCCAUCAAAUUGGCGCCAGUUUUGGACGUGUAACUGCUGAAUCUGGAUACCGUAUUCGAUAUUUUUUAAUUGGAACUGACACGAUUUCCAUUGAUGCAGAUACUGGAGAACUGUUUUUGAAGAAGAGAUUCUAUAAAAAUCUCAAUGACAUUUUGAUUGUGGCUGUUAUACCAAAAGGAAUAGCGAAAACCAAGGUUACAAUCGAAGUGAUCGAGGACCGUCUUAUCCUUCCAAAAACCAAUUUUCUGCUCCUAGUGCCUUCAGAAUCCUUGAAAUCAAAAAAUUCCUUGGGUGCCAUCAGAAUCCCAAGGGAUGACGUCAUCAUCGACGUCAUCGAUGACUUCUUCUAUGUGAGGGAUUCUGAAAUCUACGCUAAGAAACACUUCACACCUUCUAAACCCCUUUAUGAAUUGUCUGGAAUUGUCAAAAAGGGAAAAUUGAGUACGAAAAUCAAUGUGACCCUAUUUUUUGGAAGUUCCAAGGAGCUCAAAAAGGAGAACGAGCUGAUUUUUGAAGUUGAAGAGAAUUCAGAAGUCGGUACAGUAGUGGGAAUCGUGCCAAAUGCUCCCCAUUCAAAAUACCGCUUAAUCGACGCCACCUGUGGCCUGGAAAUCGACAAAAAUGGAAUAAUCCGAACUACAAAAAUCUUUGAUCGAGAAUCGGAAAAUUUGCUGGAAACAAAAAUGAUCGAGCCAGUGGAAAAUCGAAUUUUCGAUUUAUUGAUUUUCAUAGAAGACGUCAACGAUAACUCUCCAAAAAUUUUGAAUGCCCCUGGGAAAAUUAUUGCCUCCAAGCAUUUAGAAUAUCAAUUGAUUUUUGAGGAUCCCGACGAAUUCUCCGAUUUCAAUUUCCACGUCGUCGACGGAGAUUCUUUGGAGCAUCUGGAGAUUUCGGAUUCUGGAGUGUUACGUCUUCAGAAUUCGCCUUCUGAAUCUUUCAACGCCACUAUAAGAAUCCAGGAUCAACGUCCCCCAUUCAAAGUGAAUUCAGAUGACGUUACUAUUGAAUUUUUGGUGGAUUCUGAUGAAUUUGGAAUCCAAUGUGAAGAUUCUGAAUUCUACGUCACAAGCGAUGUCGUCGGAAGUAUGAAGGCCUCCCAAAAAGCCACGUGGAGGAUUCUGAAUUCCGGAGGAAAAAAUUCCAAAAAAUUCAGAAUCGACCCGAUUUCAGGGGUGAUUCAGAAGACGUCAGGUCUUCGGAAAAAUGAAGUCGUGGAAUUGAAAAUUCAAGCGAUUUCCUACGACGCCGAGGAUUCAGGAUUCUGCACGGCGAGAAUUUUUGUUUUGGAGGAUUCAGAAGAUCCAAAAAUUCUGAAAUUUGAAAAUUCCACAUUUCACUUUUCGGUGUUAGAAUCAUCAGAUCGAUUUUUGGAGAUUGGAAGAAUCAAACUUGACUCUGAAGAUUCGACAUCUGCCGACGUCAAAUUCAGAAUCCUCAACGACGAUUUCAAUUUUACAAUUUCCCCCUUCGAUGGAGUACUGUAUACCAAUUCCCCGCUGGAUUUCGAAACUAUCACGUCCUAUAUCCUCACCAUCGAAGCCAGCACGUCUUCAGGCACGUCUUCUGAAUGCCACGUCAUCAUUGAUAUCAUCGAUGAGAACGACGAAGUGCCACGUUUUAUCACCGGGGAUUUGGUGAAUUUAUGGGUCCGGGAAGAGCAAAAAGAAGCCAGUUAUCCCCUAAUUAUUGGAAGUUCGAUUGCUGAAGAUUUGGAUGAAAAUAGUGUGGUCACCUACAGUAUCCUCUCUGGGAAUACCAGCCUUUUCGUGGUUAAUUCGACGACAGCCAAAGAUUCUGGAUUCCGAUCACUCUCGGCAACAUCACGAAUUCUGAUUCACGUAGAAGACGUUAACGAUAACGCUCCAGAAUUCGAUCAACCAUCGUACUAUGUGAAAAUCAAGGAGGAUGUUCAAAUUGGCGUCAAGAUUCUGAGAAUUCAAGCGACGGAUGCAGAUUUGAAUUCUGUUUUACAGUACUCAUGGGAUUCAGAAGGCAUCAUACCGUUUAGAAUUGACGUCGCAACUGGAUGGAUUACGGUAGCUGGAAAAUUAGAGGAUUCAGAAUAUCAAAUUUUCGUACUGGUUUCUGAUGGCGAGAGAUUUUCAAGAGCAUCCUUGGAAAUUGAAGUUGAAGACGUCAACGAUCACUCUCCAGUGAUUCUGAAUUCCAACCUCGACGUCUAUGUAUCAGAAUCCUUUUCUUCAGAAAACGUUAUCCACGUCAUCGAUGUAUCCGACCUCGAUUCUAACGAUCACCUUAAAUUUUCACUGAACAAUUCGAAUUUCAAAAUUUCGGACCUCGGAGAAAUCCUUCAAACUUCUGAAUCCACCUACCCAUCAUCAAUUCGGGUUACUGUAAUUGAUGACGUUGGACACGUGGCGAAUUCUGAAUAUCGAUUUUUCAAAAAAUCCAAAAAUGGGUUCCCAGUGUUCACUGAGAAGAUGGAAAUGGUCACUGUUAGAGAGCACGAGACACAAGAAUUGGCUGUUUACAAAGCCAAAAGUUCUGGAGUGGUACGGUAUUCGAUUGUGAGCAAGUGUAAAGAGCACUUGGAGAUUGAGCCGGUUUCUGGGAUUCUAAAAACGACAGCCUCCCUAGACCGAGAAAAGUUCUCCGAGUGUCCGGUGUUUGUCAUUGCCACCUCAUUCGUCGAUAACAAGCCUCUUCAAGCAAUCACCAAGAUUCUAAUCAAGGUUUUGGAUAUCAAUGAUAACAGUCCUCGAUUCUCCCAGCAGGUUUAUAAAUUCAAUGUUACGGAAAAUUCCGGACCAACUUUCAUCGGUCACGUCAUCGCGCGGGAUGCGGAUUCUGGCUCCAGAAUCUUCUAUGAGAUUGUUUCGGGCGAUCCUAAUCACGAGUUUGUGAUAAGUGAUAAUGGACAGAUUGAUUCGAUUCGAGAUUUGGAUCGAGAGUCGAAAUCGGAAUAUCGAUUGAUUCUGGAGGCAUUUGACGAUGGAAAACCCAGAAGGCGUGAAAAUACGACAGUGUUGAUUCGGGUCCUUGAUGAGGAUGAUAAUGCUCCGAGAUUCUCCAGAAUUUUCCACGUGGAAAUUCCUGAAGACGUGGGGAUUGGAAAGGAGAUUAUUCAGCUGACGGCGUCGGAUUCAGAUGAAAUUUCGAAUCAUAAAUUUGAAUUCGAAGGUUCUGGAGAGGUGGUUCCGUUUCGAGUUGAGCAGGAGACUGGAAGAGUUUUUGUGAAUGAUACACUGAAUUUUGAGAAGAAGACCUCCUACCGUAUCAAAGUUCGCCUUACCGAUGGAGCGUGGCUUAUCGAGACGAGCCUUUUUAUCAAUAUCAAAGAUGUCAAUGAUAAUUUUCCGAUAUUUGAAAAAUCGGAGUACAUUUUUGUGUCCCAAAAGAAUUCCUCUGAAAUUGGAAAACUCCACGCCACUGACUUGGAUUCUGGACCAAAUGGAAAAAUCACGUAUUCUCUGACGUCUCCAUUCUUCAGAAUCCAUCCAGACUCCGGAUUGCUCACUAAGCUCCGCCCACUUUCAGAUGACGUCACUAUUCUAGAAGUCGUCGCUAUGGAUCAUGGAACGCCACGUCUUCAGAAUUACGUGAAGGUUUAUGUGGCAGAAGACGUCAGAAUUCGAAAAUUGAGAAGUUCUGCGAAGCCCGGAGACGUUAUUGGGGAGGGAUUCUCAUCUGGAGCGCUUCUGGCGCCACGUGGAAUUGCUACAGUAACCCGAGAGGGGAUUCUGAAGUUGGAGAAGAAUCCAGAAGCUUUUUGGAUUCUGGAGAACACCACGAUGACGUCGUAUGUCAUGGUGGAGGAUUCAGAAAUUCUGAAUCCUAUAAUUCUGAAUUUAACGUCUUCUGAAUCUCGGGUCAAUUUUUCUGAAUGCGUGAAUCCUGAAAUCCCCGGAUUCCACAUCUCCAAAACGGGAUUCUUCUACUCAAACGACUCCAGAAGUGUCCACGUCACCUGCCACGAUGAUUUAUACCCACGUCGAUCUCAGAAUCUCUCUUUGAAUAUUCAAAAAGCUCCAGAAACUCCAGAAGACGUAACGAUGGUUUUCGAAAAAUCGAUUAAGAGAAAUUCAAAUCUUCCUGAAUCUUUGGAUCUCAAAAUCUCGUCUGAAUCUGCACCGGGAACGAUUUUAUGGACCUCGAAAAAUUCAAUUUUCAUGGAAAAUAACCAGUUCUUCCAUAUGAGCAAUGGGAACUUGAUUCUGAAGACGUCACCAGUUCCUGAAGCGACCCAAUUGGAAAUUUUCGAUGCUGAUCACAAAAGAACAACUAUCACAAUCAGCCCACAACACGACAUCCCAGCAUGCCCAGUUUUUCCGCACGAGUUCUACUUUUUCGAGAAUCCCAAGAACUUGGAAAUUUUCAAUUUCGAAUUUUUGGAUGAUUCUGAAUUGUUGAAGACGUGCAAAAUGAAAGUGGAGAAUCAGAGAAAGAAUCCCCUAUUCCACGUCAAUGCCUCCAGAAUCUUUUCUCUUCGACGUCUUCAACCGGGCACCUAUCAAUUCUCAUUGCUUCUGGCGUCUUCUAGAUGCCAUGUCACCAUUACAGUAACCCCCGAAGGAAAGCCUGCACAUCAAACUUUGCCUACUGUAGUAUUCGCUUCAUCCAGCAACCCAAUAUUCCAUCUGCCACGUGGAUUUGAAGCUGUCAAUCAAAAAUUCGAUUUCCAAAGUUCGAUUUUCACAAUUUCCCCGGAUUCUGGAGAGGUUAGAAGACGUGGAAUUCUGGAGAAGGAUCGAAUUUAUCAAUUGGGAGCUAUAAGAAUUUUCGCGGAGGAUCCUGAGGAUUCUGAAGUCUUAAAUUUGACGUCUUCUGAAGCUCCUAAUCUGGAAAAAGAAGCCGUCCAAUUCUCAAUUUUCUCCCGAAAAUCUGGAAUCUCCAAAUUGCUCCAAAACCUUCGUGACGCCUACUCUGAUAUGAAAAUUCACCUCCUCGCCACGUGGCAACAUUCAGAAGACGUCAAAUAUGACGUCGUUCUAGGCGUCGUGGAUAGAAAUGGAGUUGUAGUGACAACGCCUGAAGUUCAGAAGACGUUGAGCUCCUUCUUCAAAAAGCAUCGUCAGAUGUACCUUGAAUUCUUGGGAUUCACUUCAGAAGACGUCUGCAGUGACGUCAUCUGUAUUCAGAAGAAUGCCACGUGUCAGAGGAUUUUGGAAAAAGGGUCUAGAAGAAUUCUAGGGAUCCCAGAAGGCAAAUUAGUUGGAAAAUGCUUCUGUGAGAACGGCAAAUGUGAAGAAGAGACUUCAGAAGUUCUGAAAGAUGACGUGGAUCCUGAAAAUUGUGAUGACGUCGAUUGUGGAGCAUCUGGAAGCUGCUACAUGGAAAAUUCGAACGCGAUUUGUCGUUGUAAAAUUGGAAAUUUUGGAUUCGAAAGUUUCUCUUCUUGUGAAAAAUUUGACGACGUCUUCUCGACGUCUUCUGGAGGGAUUCUGGAGAUUGUGAAGAAAAAUUCUUCGGAUUUUGAAUUUUGUGAUUCAAAUUGUGACGGAAAAAUUCAAAAAGUCGAAAUGGAUUUUCGCACAAAUCAGGAGAAAGACAGUGAGAUUUUGAGAGUGGAAUUUGGAAAGCAAACGGCGGUUAUUGAGCUCCACUCCGGCUCCAUCCAAUUCUCCAUCUCCGACGAAUUCACUCGUCCAAUCGAGACAAAAAUCGAGAAGCCACGUGGCGUCAACGACGGUCGUUGGCAUCGUCUUCUGCUCCAGAUGAGCGACGAUGGACGUCGAAUUUCAAUUCAAAUUGAUGGCCGUGGAAAAGAGGUCAAAUCCCGGAUUCCUCUUCCAAUGCUAUUCACUUCUAGAAGAAUCCAAUUGAAAAUGUCUCCAGAAUUCUGUUUCCGACGUCUUCUGGCUCAGAAUCAAUUUAUACAUCCGAUGUACCUUAAAAAUCAAUAUUUUGAAGUCUCCACGUCUUCUAAGGUUUUUGCCACGUGUCAAUUUGAGCUUUCUAGAAGCUCCGGAUUCUAUGGAUUCUUUACCAACACUACCACAUGGAUUCUCCUUUCUAUGCUAUGCUUCAUCUCCCUUAUCGCCUUAUCACUAUGUAUUCUGGCUAUCAGAAGACGUUGGAAUCAGAAAACGUCUUCUGAAGAAUCCCAUGGAUGGAAAAAGGCUACUGAAAUCGAUGCGUUUGCGGUGCCAAGGAGGAUCGGAGGUCAUAUCAAUCGAUCGAUGGUCAGAUCUCCAGAUGACGACACGUAUGACGUGGCAGAAGGAUAUGGGACACAAAUGAAAUCUACAUCUACCGAUGAUAUGAGCAAGCACAUUUACACGUCAUCUGCCUCCAGAAGAUACCAACCGAAAGUGUAUCGACGAGAUGGACAUAUCAAUAUGGCCUAUUUAUAA